AAGUCUAUCCAACAGGACUGCCAACUAUUUACCAGCUAAUUUGAAUUUAACAAUUUGCUAUCACUUGACGUAUCUAAUAAUUAUUUUUUUUUGGUUAUCAUUAACUUGCUGAUAAGCAAAUGGAGUAAACGUAACAUUAAUUAAAAAUAUUUUUUAAAGUUUUAAUACAUUGUGGUUUAAAGGUUAAUCGGCUUUAAAACUGUGCUAGAAUAAUGCAAUUUAUAAGAAAUUAUAUUCAUAAAUCUUCGGCAAGUGCCGCAAUAUGUCGGACAAUUAGUACAACUGUACCUGAAAUUCGCAUUUACGAAGUGGGUCCAAGAGAUGGGCUGCAGAAUGAAUCAAAGUUUGUACCAACAGAAAUAAAAACUGAGCUUAUACAUAAACUAGCUAAUGCUGGCAUAAAAAAUAUUGAAUCUGCAAGUUUUGUUAGCCCCAAAUGGGUCAAACAAAUGAGUGAUGGUAGUGAAGUUAUGAAGAGUAUAAAGAGAGUUCAAGGCGUUAACUAUCCAGUACUAAUACCAAACCUAAAGGGAUAUGAAACAGCUAAAGGUUGCAAUAUUGAAGAAAUAGCAAUUUUUCCUGCUGGUUCAGAGGGAUUCUCCCAAAAGAACCUCAAUUGCUCUGUGGAGGAAGGUCUCAAGAGAUUCAAGUUGGUGGCAGAUCAGGCUGUAAAAGAUGGGAUUAGAGUUAGAGGCUAUGUGUCCUGUAUUCUAGGAUGCCCUUAUGAUGGUCCCAUCAGUCCAAAAGCAAUUGCCAAGAUAACAGAAGAACUCUUCGCCAUGGGUUGCUACGAGGUGUCAUUGGGUGACACGAUCGGCGUUGGCACGGCAGGCUCUGUGCGCAAGCUAAUGCGCGAGGUGUUGUCAGUAACGACCCCUGACAACAUCGCACUUCACUUCCACGAUACAUACGGACAGGGAUUGUCGAAUUUAUUAGCAGGUUUAGAGUUUGGGAUCAGGACUGUAGAUUCGUCUAUAUCUGGGCUAGGCGGCUGCCCGUACGCACGCGGCGCGAGCGGCAACCUUGCGACAGAGGACCUUGUAUACUUCCUAUACGGGCUAGGCGUCAACACUAACGUAGAUCUAGUAAAGCUCAUUGAAGCUGGUCGAUACAUAUCCAACUUCCUGGCAAAACCCACAGAGUCCAGAGUAAACAGAGCUAUCGGAGACAAGAUAAAGAACUGUGAAGAUAUCGUUAAAAUGGCCGCGUGCACACUUUGAUACAAAGGACAAAGACUUUCGUUUUGUACACAGCAAUAACUUUAAAUGUAAAUAACCAAUGUAUUUAUAUGAAUCGUGCAAUAAACAAUGUUUAUAUUUUGUA